CUUCGUGUGCUUGGCGCACUAGCACCUGCGUCGAAUCGCUCGACCGCACGACGAGAGCCUCUCAUCCUCUCGCCACCGAACCCCAUCCAUCGCGUCGUCUCUUCCUCCCCAGCUCAGCGCUCUCGUCGGUGCGCCUAUGGCGUCUCCCUUCCACUCCUCCUUCCCGCUCUCCCCGCCAUCCUCCUGCCAUGGAGGAGGCGUCCUCCAGUUUGCCACUCGAGCCGCGACUAGUCCUUUCGCGUCCUACUGCAGAGCGCCGGCGGCACGCGACGGCGGCGACGACCACGACCACGACGCGGGGAUACUGCAGGCGCUCGCGUUCAACGGCAACGGGAGCGUCCAUGGCGUUCUUGAUCCUGGUGUCGAGGAGGAGAAGGAGGCGGGUGACGGCGGCGGCGGCGGGAGGCGGGGCACGCGGAUCCGGGCGAGGGACUGCGCGAAGCGGAUCAUGGGACUCCCCGUCGAGGAGCGGGUCAAGGUGCUCGACCUCCUGCAGCGCGACGACGGGGCGCUCACCGUGUCCGACUACAACGACAUCCUCUCCGCGCUCGCCAUGGCCGGCGACCACGACUCCGCGGUCGCGCUCUUCCGGGCGCUCCGGCCCAACGGCGUCACGCCCGACGCGCAGUCCUACGCCACCGCCGUGCAGUGCCUCUGCCGGAAGGGCGCCCCCGACGAGGCCAAGGAGGCGCUCGACGAGAUGGUGGCGCGCGGCUUCCGCCCCACCGUCGCCACCUUCUCCGCCGUCGUCGGCUGCCUCUGCAAGCGCGGACGCGUCACCAGGGCCAUGGAGGUGUUCGACACCAUGCGCGCCGUCGGCUGCGAGCCCACCAUCCGCACCUACAACAGCCUCAUCGGCGGGCUCUGCUACGUCGGGCGGCUCGAGGAGGCGCUGGACCUGCUCAACAAGCUCAAGGAGUCGCCGAAGCAGACGCCGGACAUCUACACGUUCACCAUUGUCCUCGACGGGUUCUGCAAGGUCGGGCGGACGGACGAGGCCACGCCCAUCUUCCACGACGCCGUCAGGAAUGGCCUCUCGCCGACGAUAUUCACCUACAACGCCCUGCUCAACGGCCACUGCAAGGAAGGGAAUCCGCUCAAGGCGUACAGCCUGCUCAUGGAGAUGUGCGGCAACGCCGCCUGCCCGCCGGACAGGAUCAGCUUCAGCAUCGUGCUGCAGGCGCUGCUGCGCGCCGGCGAGACCUCCGCGGCGUGGCAGGCGUACAAGCGGAUGGAGCGCGCCGGGUUCGAGGCCGACGGCCGCGCCCUGGACACGCUCGCGCGGGGCCUGUGCCGUCAGUGCGCGGCGAACGUCGCGGCGCUCGCCGACGCGAGGGAGGUGUUCGGCAAGCUGGUGGCGUCCGGGCACGAGCCGGUGUCGUACACCUACUGCCUGAUGGCGCAGGCGCUGGCGCGCGGCGGCGAGGUGGACGCGGCCGUGUCGCUCCUGGGUGAGAUGGCGCGCAGGGGUUACGCGCUGCGGAAGCGCGCGUACACCGACGUCGUCCGCGCGCUGUGCGAGCGUGGCCGGGCGCGCGACGCGCUGCGGGUGCUGGCGCUGGUGAUCGCCAGGGACUUCGUGCCCGGCCGGAACGCGUUCGACGCGCUGCUCGGCGAGCUCGCCCGGCAGGGGAGGUGGCCCGACGCGAUGGCCGUGUACGCCGCCGCCGUGAAGCGCGGCGUCCUCGUCUCCUUGAAGCGGCAUAGCAAGGAGGCCCUGCUGGUGCAGGAGCAGACGGAAACGCGAGAAUCGUCGGUGCAACCGUGCAACUGAGCGUUCCGCAGUGAAAAAUUUUGCUGCAAAAUUCACACAUUUUUUGGGGGGACUCUAUUGUUGGAAGCUCCGGAAUCUGCACCGAUCAAAGGCGUGCCAUUGUUUGCAUGCGAAUACACGACCAGUUUUGGAUUUUCGUUGACAAUUCGGGAGGGGAGAUGGCGAAAACCAAUUUCUGCAUAAUCGCUUCGACAUGAUCGGCUCAACCGGCCGGACCAUCACGCUACAUCAGCACCAGUGCACCAGCACUUUGGCCCUGGUAGCAACGAACGCCACCACCCUUUCCGGAGGCAAACUUUGUUCGGUCAUUCUCCGGUGAGGCUAUAACUUGCUUCAGUUGCUUGUUGUGACCUGUAAGGCUGUAUAAGUAGAACAUAAUUGGGAUUGGAGCGGAUUCUGAUUCUUCACGCUGAUUUUUUCGCAGCUAGUACAAAUUUGUAAAAAAUGCGCUGAUUUAUCAGAAGCCGAAAUGCUCAACUCAGCAAAAGAA